AUGUACUGUAAAGUGCACGGCGCUAGAGCUCCGAGGCACAAGAAACCCAAAGCUGCCAAGUCAGGAUCUGGUAAGAGGCCCGCCGCCGCUCCCUUUGGCGCCAGCAAGGCGACUAAGGCAAAGAAGAACCCUCUUUUCGAGGCUAAGCCCAAAAACUUCGGUAUUGGACAAGACAUCCAGCAUCCGACAGAUCUUACGCGUUUCGUCAAGUGGCCUGAAUAUGUUCGCUUGCAGCGCCAAAAAGUCAUCCUCAACCAGCGCCUCAAGGUUCCUCCUGCCAUCGCCCAAUUUUCCCACACCUUGGACAAGAAUACGGCGACGCAAUUGUUCAAACUCUUGAACAAAUACCGCCCAGAGUCAACCGUUGAGAAAAAAGCUCGUCUGCAGGCUACCGCUGCUGCAGCUGCUGAGGGAAAGAAGGAGGAGACCAAGAAGCCUCUUUUCGUCAAGUAUGGCCUUAACCAUAUUGUCGCCCUGAUUGAGGCUAAGAAAGCGUCUCUCGUUGUCAUCGCCCAUGAUGUCGACCCUAUUGAGCUUGUGGUCUUCCUCCCUGCCCUCUGCCGCAAGAUGGGUGUCCCCUACGUCAUCGUCAAGGGCAAAGCUCGCCUGGGUACUGUUGUGCACAAGAAAACUUCUGCAGUCGUCGCCCUGCAAGAAGUCAAGAGUGAGGACCAGCGAGAGCUCGCUACCCUCAUCAGCGCUGCCAAGGCCAACUUCUCUGACAAGUAUGAAGACCAGCGCCGGCAAUGGGGCGGUGGACUCCGUGGCAACAAGUCGACCCAGAUGUUGCGUAAGCGGGCGAAGGCAGCUGGACAGAAUGUUACUGCUGCUUCUCUUAACAAGCUCUAA